GACGAUGGAGACGACGUCGAAGCAGAUCUGGCGAUAGUAUGCGCAUCGGAGAAACGCUUGGACCCCGUCGCUUAUACCCGUCGACCAGGCCAUGCGAGCCAUGCGCGCCACCCAAACUUCUCAACUUCGUGUACGUGUGUUCUAGAGAGACGGCUGCAUGCCAUGUUCGAGCUACCAGGCGCAAAACGAGUCCGUCGCGAUGAGCUCCAAUCCCCCGCAUCGUCACCGCGAUCCUCGCCAGACCCCGCCCUAGAGGACCUACUACGCUCACAAAUACGCAAUGAAUAUGCCUUCACGACCGCUGAAAUCGAUACCACUGAGGCUGCAGAGGCUGCACACAGCGAUGGAGAAGAAGAAGUGGAGCUGCGCCUCUUUGCUGCGACCCCCAACGCUCCUCUCCAGACCACCAAGAUACGACUGUCUUCACCAGGCAUAGGCACCGGGGAGCCUGGCUUCGUAGUGAAGAAACCACGAAGCUACUACUUUGCCGAUGAGCCUUCAAGUGAAGAGGAAGCCGCGUUGCAGGCGGCAGCCAUAGAUGGGAAGACGGUGCUAGAGCUGUCGAGGGAUCCAUGGCCGGGUUGCGCACUUCCCUGGAAGGUGCGCACCAUAUCAGCAGCCGGUAUGAAGAAGGAGGUGCUCAUUGGUCAUCCUCCGACUCUAGUCACGGUAGAAGAGGAGGAACACAAACGCAAAAGAAAGGGCAAGAAGACGAGGAUUGCCCUCCGGAAGAAGCGACAGGCUACAAAGGAGAAGCAGGAUGAAAGGGCCAGACUGGCUCAAGAGAAGGACGAGGCAGAGCGAGAAAAGAGAACACGGAGGAACAGAGAGAAGAAGGUCAAGAAGAAGGCCAAAGCGAAGGCGAAGAAGGCGUCAGACGGUGCCGUUGAAGGUGAAGCCCACGACACAGAUACUGAGCAAGAAGCCCUUAUGCAUACUUGAAUUCCUCAUGCUGGAAAGCACACUCCACGGUGAGGCUUGUCCAGCGUAACGCAAACCUAGCUACGGCUAGAGUACUACAUCGACCCACUGAACUUACUCUUUCACUCACUAUCACCUGCCGGGUAGAGACACUUUCACUGGUGA